ACGUGGCUGGCCGGCUAGGUAGGUAGCUCGAGAAAUUGUGUGUAGCUCGCACUACGUACCAGCUAGGUCUGGGUGCAUGGGCAGCGGCGCCGGUGAAGGCGGCGGCGGCGGCGGUGCAGCGAGCGUACGGGAGGAGCCGCCUCGUGACUUCGCCAACGUCGCGUCCUUCUCCGAGUUGCCGUUCCGGCGGCCGGCGCCGCCCAGGGAGAGUCCCAGCUCAGCCAUCCGCCUCUUCGGCAUCGACGUCCCGCACGCAUCGCCUGAUGGCAAGAGCUCCAAGGAAUCCGCCGCGGCCGCCGCCGCCGCCACGCAGAGCGGCGGCGGCGGCGCUGCCGCCAUUGCCGCGGCGGCCGCCGACAGCAGCCGCAAGUUCGAGUGCCACUACUGCUGCAGGCACUUCCCGACGUCGCAGGCCCUGGGCGGCCACCAGAACGCGCACAAGCGCGAGCGGCAGCACGCGAAGCGGGUGCAGAUGCAGACAGCAAUGGCCGCGGCCGCGGCGGCGGCCAGCGGCGCGCACCACCACCACCAGCUGCUCGGCUACCCGCAGCACCGGUUCGGCUUGGCGGGACCCACGGUGGCGGCAUUGUACCCGUCGUGGCCGACGGUGAGCGGCGGCGUCUCCUCCAUUGCACCGCAGCAGUUCUACGGCGGGAUCGGAUCGGUCGCUCAGCCGAUCAACGGGAGCCCUCUGCCGGCGGGGCUCUGGAGGGGCGCCCCGAUGGCCGCGCAUGGGAACACCGGCAUGGCGCCGCUGCUGGCCGGAGAGCGGCGGCCAGUUGCUGUGUCGUCGGCCAUGUUCCGAGGAGGAGACGAGCCAAGAACCUCAGCUUCCCUCGUGGCGUCGCCGGCUGCUUCGCCGUCGUUGCUGCUGCCUCCGCAAGGUCAGUUCGCCUGUGAGCAGCCGGCGACGACCACCGCAGCUGAGGGCGUCAGCUUAGAUUUGCACCUAUAAUUGUUCUCUUCUCUGCUGUUUUUAGCGGGUUAAUUACUCCAAUAACUGAUUUCGCUACCUUUUUUCCUCGCUCGCCUCAGAUUGCCCUUUACUGAAUUCAGAUCGACCGAUC